AGUGUGUGUGGAUUGCUGAUUAUUUCCACCUUUAGGGGCGCCAUUCAAUUACACUAAAAUAGAAGGGGCAAACGACAAUUACAUAAAUCAAUACUACUAAACAACUUGAAUUUUUCCCGGCUAAAAAUUCCAACCAUUUGGCGCUUAAAACCCUACCUCCUCCAAAUUAUCUAAUCUUUCCAGAUCCCCAUUCAAUUCACAUCUCAAUUUCCUUUCGAAUUUCAACCACAAACGGAAAAUGGACAGCGACGACGAUUAUCAGUCGUUAUCACCCCCAAAGGAGCUCUCGCCGCAAGUCCAAUUUCGGCGGCUGAAGCGCUUGAAGAAAUCCGACCAACCCCUAAAGGAUCCGUUGUUUGACUUGACUGAUGAUCCUAUUUUGUUUUCCCACGUCGAUUUCGCCAAGCUGGAAGCAUUAGAGAAUGAUUCGGAGCCACAAUUUGUCGACGAAUCAAUUUCAACUGAAGAUGCAAAUUUAUCUCCGGAGUCACUGCCUCAAGGUGAUGGAAAUCAAGUUGGGAGCGAACAAGUUUUCAACGAAUCAGACUCAACUGGAGAGGCAAAUUUAUCUCAGGAGUCGCUGUCUCAAGGCGUUGGAAAUGAAAUCCAGAACGGCAACAAGAUGGAGUUAGGGAUUGAUGUAGAGGUGAAGAGAACUAAGAGGGUUUUGGAGUUUGAUGAUGAUGUGGUUGGUGGAAGUCCGAUGAGAGAAGACAGUGAGAAUGUUGAUCCGGAAAAGAAGAAGGAAAUAAUUGGAGCAGAGGAUCUGUUAGAGGAGAAAGAAGAAAAAAAGAAGAAAAAGAAGAAGAGGAUAGAGAAGAGUGACGGCGGUGAUGAGCUACAGAGCAAAUCGCGGGGUUCUAACAAAAGAAGAGAGGAGUUACCUCCAAAAACCAAAAGGAGAGAGGAGAAGGAAAGGAAAGAGUAUCUGAAGGAACUUCAUGCUGAAUCUCAGAGAUUGUUACGAGAAACGGGAGAUGCGUCGUUUAAACCUAUACCAGUGGUGCACAAGCCUAUAUCAUCAAUUCUGGAGAAAAUUCGGAAGCGAAAGCUUGAAAUUUCAAAAAAAUCUAUGAUUUCAAAUGACAACAGUCAUGGUGUCGAGCGAAACAUCAGGCCGAGAGACAGACUGGCGGACCUUGAUAUACCUAACGAAGACAGAUUGGAAGAAAAUGCAACCAUUCCAGUAGAAAAGAAGAUCAUUGCUCCACUUGAAGAACAGAGGAGUUUGGCCACUUCCAAUGUGGAUGAAGAUGAUGCUAAACCGACAAUUCAUGAAAAGGCUCAAAACCAAGAGCCUGCAAAUGAAGAGCCUACUCCUGCACCCCGAGCACCAGUGGAUGAUACCCAGGAUCUUUUUGAUGAUUCAGAACCAAUUGGUACUACAGAUGUACAUAAUGAUCAGAAGCCAAAUAGCCCUCUGGAUGAAGAUUUUGCUCCAUCUUUACAUGCUAUGAACUUGAAGUUGGAUUCUGUCCCUGUGGAUGAUAGUUCUUCAGAAGAAGAGGACAACGAAAAAGAAAAUUUUGACCCUCGUCCUCGUGGAGAUGCUGAUAACUCUUCUCCAAAUGGAGAUCCUUUAAAAGAUUUCAUCGAUGAGGAAGCUGAGGAAGAAGAUGAUAGUGACAAUGAUCUUAACCGCUUCCAAGAAAAUGAAGAUGAGGAGAUUGAUGAUUUGGAGGAACUUAAUGCUAUGAUAGCCACUGAUUAUGAAGAAAGACUCACUGAUAAAGAAAGGCGCAAUGAGCUCCAUCAGAAGUGGCUUGACCAACAAGAUGCAACAGGAACUGAUAAUCUCAUACAGAGAUUGAAAUGUGGUUCGGUAGUAAGAGAUACGUUAUUGUCAGACAACGAGCCUGAAACUGAUGAGGAUGACGAGAAAGAUGAAGAAAUUGAUGAUGAAGCUGAAGAAGAUGACUCUUUGCCAAAGGAAUCUGGCAGAAUAAAUAUUAGAAAGGCCAAGCAGAUAAUUCUAAAGUUGUAUCCUGAUAAAGAAGAUACUUAUCUAUCUGAUGGUGAUGAUGAUGAUGAUGAUGAUGACAUGCAGAGGAGGCGUGCACAGUGCCUCAUCAGAAGGGCAAGUUAUUUUUGUCUAGUUAUCAGUAUUUAUAUUCUUCUCAAUCCAUCUUUAGGUUCAUCUUAUAUUAAACUUGAGCAGGAAGAGAGAGGUACAAUAGCAUCACCAGCGGCUGAUGCAAGUUCCAGGGAAGUAUUUGGUCUUAUCAAGAAACUGAAUAUUUCUUCUGACAACAAGAGGAAACCAAAAGCAUUGUCAAUCUUUGACUCGGUCCUUAAAGGGGGAAGUAGUGGUCGGUCUGCUAAGUCGUCUUUUGUUGGACGAGUAUCAAACCAUCAUAUUCCAUCAUCUCAUAAGCAAGGGUCAGCAACAAUUCGACCUUUCAUUUUUGGAAGGGAGGACAGCAAUAGCCGGAGUUCCAUAUCAGUAUCAGAGGACUCCUUGAAUUCAGUCCCUCAAGAAAUUCGUGCAACGAGGAACCUAACUGCCAAAUAUAGCAACUCACAGACCAAAGUUAGAAAUCAAACCACAGAUGGUGCUGUAGAAGCAAUAUCAAGUACUUCGCUGCUCGAGAUUUUGAAGCGAUCUUCAUCAAAGUCUAAAGUCUGUAAUGAAGAGACUGCAGUCGACCUAACAAAGAGUAUCUUUACAUUUAGGGUUCCUAAAAAGACAACAAAGAUAGAAGGAAGAGGCUAACUCCAGUCUGCUCAUUUUUGACAGCGUGAGAUUGCUUUUCUUUCUACGUUAUUAUAUUUAUUUAUUGAUUACGAAAUGGUUAUAAUACCAGAGUAUGACCACUUCUUUUCUUGGAGUUCAAACUUCAUUCGAUUGUCUUUGACGCUUUGCCAUGUAUACAAGUUUUCGGUUUUUUCUUGAA